AUGGUGGCUCGUAGAUCGGUUGUGGCCUACGUGGUCGCCUCCUUCCUCGCGUGCUUCUUGUUUUUGGCAGACUACGCCAACACGUAUCGAGAGUUCUACUCGGCGAUGGUUGCCUUGGCAAACUCGUCCUCUUUCCGUUUGGUCAUCGUCAACACCGCCAUCGCCGUUACCGUCGUGAUGUGGAUGACGCUGCAGUUCUGCUUCUUUGGGCAACUGAACGCGUCGGAGGAGACGGCGCUGCUUACCUCCUUCACGCUCUACAUGGUGGAGUGCAUCGUGGUGCCACUGUACAUGGACCAGCCGAUCAUGAGCGCCACAAGCCUCUUUUUCCUUUUCACGCUCGCGUGGCGUGGGCUGCACAAGCUUGCGUCGGAGAGAGUCACAACCCUCUCGACGGCGCAGAUGACGUGGUCGUCCGCGACGCGCAUACCGGCGUACCUGUGCUUCGCGAUCAUCUGCGACGUUGGGCUACUGACGUGGAUGAUCAAGACACGGCCGGAGUUGAUCGAUGAGAAGGCGUCGAUGCACUACUCCAUGAUCCUCAUCUACAUGCUGCUGCUGAGCUCAUCUCUGCGCAGCACCGUGCACUUCGUCAGCCUGCUCGUCCUUCGUGGUCAGCACACACUGCUGUCGUUUGUGGCGGACGCCCUCACGAGCAUUGCGGAGUCCCUGUUGUUCGUCGGCGUAUAUGCAUAUAUUUUCUACAAUUCGGCGCUACCGCUGCUGCUCCUGCGCGGGUUCGUGGGGCACGUACUGCGGAUCUUCGAGAAGGCAUCCGGGCUAGCCGAGUUCCUCGUCCUGGCGCGGCGGGUGCGGAACAACAUGCCGGACGCCACCGCCGAGGAUCUGGCGCGCGACGCGCGGUGUACCAUCUGCUACGAGGACAUGAUGCCCGGGGGUGGUACGAAGCGGCUGCCGUGCGGUCACUGCUACCACAUCGACUGCCUUGAGCGGUGGUUGGAAGGCCACUCAACGUGUCCGUACUGCAGGGCGAACAUCAUGCAGAUGCGCGGCGGCAACGACGCAGCAGCACCGCAGGUUCACGAGGAAGAUGCCGGAGCAGCAGCAACAACAGAUGCUGCAGCGAAUGACUACUCGCCUACGGGUGAGGAAGCCCCGGCUCAGCAACAGCCGACCGGCACUCCCGAGAACAUGGAGGUCGAAAUUCGGGAGGCUUACGAGCGGUACAGGCAGCAGCUGUGUUCUCCGUUGUCAGCGGCAAGUGGUCAUGCAGACGCAGGGAACCACCUUGCUGUCAUACGUGCAGGUACUGGCAGUCCGCGUCGCGUGUCGUCGCCUGUCUCGGACAGUUCCUCGACCCAUACAAAGUCCAUCACCGCGGCGCCCGUACCCUCAAAGACGGUCGAUCAGCUCAAGAUCGAGGCGUACGAAAAGUACCGCAAGCGUCUACGGGAGUCGGAGCGGGAGCUUCGAGUCGCUCUGCGGCUGGCUGAGGAGGUGGGCUACGCUCCGUGA